AUGUCUCAUAAUGAAGAAUAUUCAGGAGGCUGUCAUUUCGGAUACAACUGGAUUGACGGCGCGGAGUCACUUGAAAAGUACUGUCCAGGGGGGUUUCAUCCUAUUAUGAUAGGAGACGUGCUUCGCGGGCGAUACCGAAUUGUUGACAAGCUGGGCUUCGGAGGUUACUCAACUGUUUGGCUAGCCCUGGAUACUUGUCUGCAUCGCUAUAUUGCUGUUAAAGUUGGUACAGCGAACUCAUCUAUGCAAGAAACCAAUAUUCUCCGAGCUCUUGCAAGCCCAGGACAUGAUUCUAUUCCCAUUCCGUUAAAUGAGUUUGAACUCAAUGGGCCCAAUGGAACACAUCUAUGCUAUACCAUGGUACCCGCGCAGUGCAAUCUUCGAGAAGCGUCUUUUAGUCGCCUUUUCCCCCUCGAAGUUACGCGGGCGCUAUCAGGUAGCCUCAUAUUGGCUAUUGCUUACAUACAUUCACGGGGCUACGUUCAUGGAGAUAUUCAUCUCCGAAAUAUUCUGGCUAAGUUGCCAUCUGAUUUUAAUCACCUUUCGGUUGAAGAGCUAUAUGAAGAGUAUGGUGAGCCUGAGACAGUCUCUAUUACACGAUGUGAUCGGAAGCCGCUUCUACCAAAUGCCCCCUCAAAGGCAGUAAUACCUCUUUAUCUUGGAAAAGGUGCAGAGGAUUUUUCACUGUCUGACGCGCACAUACUCCUGGGUGAUUUUGGUGAGGCAUUUGCCCCGGAUCUGGAAACUCGUCGUGGUAAAGACUGCCAUACACCCUUAGCAAUGCAACCUCCAGAAGCCCGGUUUGAACCAGAGGCACCUCUCUCAUAUUCAGCAGACAUCUGGAGCUUGGCCAUAGCGAUCUGGGAAAUCCUUGGCAUGCAGCCAAUUUUCUGCAAUGCUUUUGUUACUGCAGAUGAAAUAGUAUCUCAACAAAUCGACGUGCUUGGACCCUUACCCUCAGAUUGGUGGAUGCGCUGGCGGGAGCGAGGUCGAUUCUUUGACAGCAACGGGAACCCAAAAGAGGGCCGCCAUGUUUGGCCUGGCAUUGAACUGGCUUUUGAGGACACUGUACAGAAGUACCGACGAAAACGUGGGUGUGAGUUUGAUAGGGAAGAAGCAACUGCCAUUAUUGAUUUGAUGCGCCGAAUGUUGGUAUUCCGACCUGAAGAACGGCCAACAAUUCAGGAGGUCCUACAGUCGCCGUGGAUGGUCAAAUGGGCGUUACCUCAAUUAAAGCGGGAUUCGCAGACAAAGUAG